AUGAUAAAAAGUGUAUUUGAGAAUCUAAUAAGAAGAGCAUCAGAUCCUUCAUUCUUCCUUUCCUCUAAUCCUACAUUGGGUCCAUUCAAUAGUAAUAAUAAUAAUAAUGAACAAGAUAAACCAACAACGUCCUCGCCACCUCAUCUAUGA